AUGUGGAUCCUCGACAGCAAUGCGGACUUCAUGCAGGGCAAGCGCAUGUGGCUCAAGCCUGGCCAGCGCUACCUCUUCGGUCGGGUGAAGAAAGACGGUGUCAUGCUCGCCAUCGAUCACAAGACGGUAUCCAGACAGCAUUUCACCAUCACUGUCGAUCCGGUGAAAGAAGGCGAUGUGGGAAAUAUCCUUGCUCGGACGAAGGUACGAGUCGAAGAUCAUUCGAAGACCGGCACCUUCGUCAAUGGCGAGCCUCUCAAAAAGAAGGAUCCAAAGAACGAGGCGGAACUGAAUCCCUCCACCGAGCUUAAGCGUGCUGAAAACUCAAUUCGACCAGGAACAUGCCCGUACGAGUUUACGCUUACGUGGCAGGCGUGUGUGCUCACUUUCAACCUGCUCAAGAAAGAGAUCAAGGCUGGCGUGCUAAAGGACAAGCAGGCAAGAGUGCGAGACUAUGAUAUCAAAGGUAUCAGUGAAUUCUCCAACCACACCACACACGUCGUUGCCGCCAAGAGGAAUACUCCCAAGGGCUUGCAGGCACUGGUCAACGGCAAACACCUUGUGACCGAGGCAUAUCUGGAUGCUCUGGAUUAUGCCACCACCCCUGCAACUUUGAGCCAAGAUGUCAAUCUAUCUCCCUUGGAAAUCGACUUCGACGUCAACUGGCCCGACCCAAAAGAGUACCUUCCUCCUCCUGGAAAGGAGCCCACCGCGAAACCGCCAGAGGCCUAUCAACCAGAUACAGCUCGAGCCAGUGUCUUUGAGCACUACACCUUUGUGUUCUGUGAUCAGAAUCAGUAUGAUAAUCUGAUGCCGGUCAUCACAGACGGGCAUGGAAAGGCGCUUUUAUUCAAGGUGGUUAAUGCUGAGACAACGGGUGAUGACCUCCUACAAUUCGUGCAAUGUGUUGCUGGCCGCAAGCAUGGUGAGACGCUGAAUGGCUGUUCGAAGGGCGGGGUCAUCUUGGUCCGUCCUUCCGUCAAGGACGACGCUCUACAGGAAUGGACCAACACAAUCAUCAAUGAGACUGUGCUGAAGAUGGAUCAACGGGCCAUUGACCAAUCUGAGUUUCUGGAGGCCAUAUUGUCCAAUGAUGCUGGAGUCUUGAAGGAGACGGUGCCAUUUGAGAGCACAAAUGAUAGUAUCAUUGCGCCUGCACCGACUGCUGCUAAUUCUCUUGUCUCGCCCACACCAACGUCGGCCCACACGAACGGUGUUCCCGGGUCUCAGAUAUCAGAUAUCAGUGCUGCUCCAGAAGCAGAUACACGCCUGGCAACAAACGAAGGCGCUCCAGCCGCCCACCAUCCGCGGACUGCGUCUCAGAAUGUCUCCCAAAACAGUCAUUCUGCAGAGCCCACUCCCCGACCGUUCUCAGCGCCUAAAAUCUCGCAGGCCCUCAAGUUCAAGAAUUUCGAUGAUGGAUUCGACCCGGACGCAAUCGAUGAGCAUGUCGAUGAUGAGGUCGUUGAGGAAGCAGAAUCGGACGAUCCUGAAGCACCACGGACACAGCCAGGACUCCAGACUCAGGUCUCGAACAUCAAGCAAGAGCCCCUGUCCACGGCUAGGAAGAGACAACGCUCUCCGGAGUCAGCUGAUCUUUUUGCUAAUCAGAUAGAUGAUCUCCUUCCAGCUGCAACCGGUCUGAAGAGACAGAAGCUAGCGGAGGCAGUCGCCAAUGGUCGUCUCGACGUAGAGGUGCCCCAACCGCAAAAGUCGUCGGUCAAGAAGAUCAAGAAGGAAAAGGUCCUUGACGUGCGUGAAGCCGUGAGAAAGCGUCUCGAGGAACAGGAAGCCAGAAAGGAUGAUUCCCAUAUGGGUCUGCCGGAUAUUGAAGAUAAAGCACCUGCCAACCUGGUCCAGGUUGUUACUCUGGAUCUUCCCCUCCGCGACAAGAGUAACGGGACCAAAGACCGUAUGAACGGAGACCACGGCUCGGAGUGGGAUCCAAAAUGGAACGGACGCAAGAACUUCAAGGCGUUCCGUCGCAAGGGCGAUCCGCCACAGCGGAGAGUCAAUGCUAGGAAAGUUAUUGUGCCGCUAGAGCCAGUUCCCAUCAAGAGCGGUGGGUUGGGCGAUCAAUACUGGCCACGCAGCGAAGAGGAAAGGGAGGUUGGAAGGCAACGAAGACGCAAGGAGGAGGCGAGGAGUCAGCGGACGACUCAAAGUCAGACGCAACAAAUGAGUGGAAACAGCGGUCGGAGAUCGAAGGCCCGAGUAGUGGUUGACGAUGACGACGACGAUGACAUGGACGCUUCUGGUGGAGAGGAUGGUCAAGACAGAGUAUUCACGCAAACAAGCCCAGCAACAUCGCGUCUGCAGCGCGAAGCAGCGGAGAUCGCAGAGCACGAAAUUGAUCCGACCAUACCGAGACGGACUCGUGCCGCAGACCGAAAUCAAGGAGCCAGCGUGAAUGGUUCUGACACCAAAGGCGGCGGCGCGACCCAGAGAAGGACAGAAGUGCAGAGAGGCAAGAGGCCCGCGAGCUCGAUUGUUGAUACCAGCAAGCCCAAACGUCAGAAGACCUUGCGUGUCACAAAUGUCCGGAACGACGACAGCGACGAUGACGACGAUAUGAAAUUCCGCUUUGGUACAAGAGCCAGAAGGGGCAGGGGAAGGGGGAGAGGAGGCGGGGCUUGA